AUUUGUUCGUUACCGCUUCUUUCUUUCGCCUCUUGUGUGGCAAUCGCGAUUGCUUUGCACUUCGAAGAAACUACAUGGUCUCAUUGCAAGGUGAGCGUGUUUUUAAAUAAUUUACUAAGAGAAAUCAUCACGUUUCUUUGUUCCGUUUUCCCUCGAUAUAUUUUGAGAAUUUCUGCACUCGUUUUUCGGUUAAAUCUCGAAUGCAGUUCAUUUACGUGCCAGCCCAGCGAAAUUAUUUCCUUGAUAUAUGAACACGCAUGAAUACAUAAAAUAGAAUUGACUUCUUACUCAAACAUAUCGAAUGGAAUAAAUUAAGCGAGAUUACACGCAACAUUUUGAAUUAUGUUAGUUCGAACUAAGUAUGUUUAACCGUUAUUUUAACUUGACACUAAUGAUAGAAUGAUCUCGAACUUUGUUAUUUUUGGCGUGAUGUAAUAUAUUUAAAGCAAAGUUGGUAUGGAAAGGCCUCGUUCACACUUCUUGUGAUGUAUAAACCACAUAACGGUAAUGUCACGAAAUCACGUAAGGCACCCUUUGACACCAAUGUGACCAACACAACGUAACGACAGAAAGGAACAGAAUAGGCAUAAGCAUAAUGCCAUAACGAAAGAAAAUUCUCUAUGUUGUACUUAAGUAUCAUGUGGUAAUGUCGUGAGUGUGAACCAGGUUUUACUGUGGUGUAAAUUGGGAAGAUAGAAAAUAUUUUAACAUUAGAAGAAGAAGAUAUUUUAACAUCAGCUAUGCACCGAAACUGAGCAGAGCUAUUGUUUUAAUAUAUUUAGAAUCAGAUAACGACCACUAGUCUAAACCCACCCAGAAACGUUAUAAAAGUGAAAACUUUUACCAAUAUCCGUAAAAGCGUGACAACUCCAAAGCGUGACAAUCCACCGAACCACGCAUGAGUGAAAGUAGUUCCGAAUGUUUACUGAUGAUUUAAUUGGUUUUCGGUACAUUACUGAAAGAUAACGUGGACAGUUCGGGCUGAGUCUAUUGACUCUAAUUGAACAAAAUAAAUUAAACUUAAAUAACAAAUAAAGAGGAAAAAUCACGGAAACCACGGGUGCAUGGUACUUUUUUCCGUGUGGGGAAAAUCCGCUGAGCGAUGUGAGUGAAGGCGUGGAGCUACGUGAAGGGUGAGAACUUUGCGCCCGCACUCUUUUUGCACAGCGAGUUUCUAUAACGAAUCUUCCUACCUCUGUGGGGGAGAGAGGGAACAGACAAUCUGAUUUGGACAAUGAACUACUUCCAGUAGCAGGCCUUCACUUCUCGUAUUGUGUUGCUUUGUUGACGUUAUUCGAGAGGGCAAAAUGGUUUCUGCUGACCUCGGCCGAGCAAUUUACAUCUCCAUACUUUCUGAACGGUUUUGUUUGUUUCUUUGCUCUUUACCGCUGCUUUCGUUCUCGUCUUGUGUGUCAAUCUCUCUUGUCUGGCAUUUUCGUAGAGCUAACAGCACUCAAUGUGAGGUUCCAAAUUACCUUCCAUCGAUAAGUGCAGCAAUAGGGGGUCGCAUGCCUGAGAGGUUUAUCUGGAGAGUUGGAAUAGCCUUACACUGUCUUCCACGGAUCCUGGUAAUGCCUUACGCACUUCACAAACAUUUCAAGAAUACCCAGGCAGGCAGGAGAUACAACUUAACUACUUGGUGGUUUGCGCCGCUCAAUCUUCUGAACAGUCUGUUGCAUUUAGUUGAAAAUGGCGCUCUCUUAACUUUAACCUACAUUUCUUCAAAGGAGAACUUAGAUAUCCAUGAAGGGUCGUUUAUUGUGUUCAUGGCUUGUGCCAUAUCGUUUAUGCUCCUGCAUUGCAUCUUAUACCGAUUGACUGCGACUCAGCCAAUGGCUGAUGAGGAAUACAAACUAUUCACAAGAAAAGUCAGCGUCAUGUCCUUCAACUGUUGUUCUUUUGGUCUAGCAGUGUAUUUUUUCUUUAGACACAACUGGUACUGUGAAGCAGGAAUGUACACUCUGUUCGCUCUGGCCGAGUACUGCACCAUUGUAUCGAACGUAGUUUUUCACUGGCUUUGUACGCGUAUUUACAAAGGAGCUACAAUGGCGAUCUUAUACCCUGAUGACUACGAGCCAAAGAUGAGCUGAGAGUAAUCUUGUCUGUGAU